CGCAGCCCACAAGCUCAUACCGACCGCGAGUGACGCGUAGCACACAGCUCUGUAGUUUUCUGUCUGCAUUGUUUCUAUUCAGUGACAACCGGAACAUGGAGUGCAUGAAGACAGGCGCCGCAUGGGUUUUACUGCUAUUGGUUGCAUUGACUGAAGCCAAUGUCCCAACUGGCCUGGAUUUAAAGCUGCUGAAGGCUUUGACGAGCAGUCUGAACAAGAACCAGGCCGUCGCUCCGUUCGUCAUAUCCUCACUGAUGACGCAGGUCUGGCUUGGAGCCAGGGGCGACACCAGAAACGAGAUGACACCAGUCCUGGGUAUAGAGACAAGCAAGGGAUAUUGCUUUUUGAAAGGCUACAUGCAUGCAAUCGAAGAACUCUCCAGCGGCAUUAGUAAUGUCACUACCGGCGUCUUCAAUCGUAUUUACUUAAGAGAUAACUUCAACGUCAAGUCGAGAUUUAAGCUCCUCCUGCGCCAAUUCUACAGUGCAGAUGUCAAGAAGUUUUCUUCGGCGACGCUGGCGGCCAAUGAAAUAAACGCCGACGUGGCUAAGGUUACAAGAAAACGCAUCCAGAAACUAGUCCAAGCAAGUGCUCUGGAAAACGCGGCUCUGGUCCUGGUCAGCGCAUUGUACUUCAAGGGCUUGUGGCUGACUCCGUUCGACAAGACCGUGAAGGAGCCGUUCCUCACGGCGUCAGGGGACAAGCAGGUCGACAUGAUGAAGCUUGAAACCCGGGUGCCGUAUGUAAAGAUGUCUAAUUUUGAUGCGAUCGCCUUGCCGUACACGGACAAAAACUAUGUUAUGCUGAUCUUGCGUCCACUGACACGUAACAUGGCUGCCGUUUCCCGUCUGAGGGACUCUCUGGACUCCCUCGAUGUCGCCGAUAUCAUGAAGCGUUUGCGUUCCUCGUCCGUACAAAUAAGUAUGCCUCGUUUCAAGAUGAGAGCAAAUUACGGACUAGUGGGAACCAUGUCACAAUUGGGAAUCCGCAAAGUCUUCACGCGGCAGGCAGAUCUGGGUAACAUUGCCGAUAAGCCGCUAGUUGUUGACAGCAUCAUCCACAAGGUGUUUAUUGAGGUGACGGAAAAAGGCACUGAAGCUGCCGGAGCGGCAGCUGUCGUUAUCGGGAUUACAAGCCUGCCGCCUCCACCCAUUCAGUUCACUGCAGAUCGUCCCUUCUUUGCCAUGGUCUGGAACAAGAAACACAGGAUCAACAUGUUCGCCAUGUUCAUGACUUCACCGUAGACGUUUGGCUAACGCUAUGUGAGCUGAUCGCGAGCGACUUUUGUUGCACCCGUUGGUAUUUUGUGAAUAGUUUAAGCAUGCUUUGGGUGCAUUUCAUGUUGCACCUGCUUUCGUUAUAGGUCACGCACUGAAUAGGAGACCUAUUACCAUUCACGUUGUGACACCCAAGUGGAAGGUUGCAAAAAGUCCUCUGAUAUCACAGCCGUGCCGUAGCCUUUAGGUUUCACUUGCCAGAGAAUACUGGUGCGAAUCUAGAAAAGGGUGUGCUCCAUUAAAAGACACGUCAGCCCAAUCUGAGUUUGUAAAAUUUGCACAGUAGUUUUCUAUCUUUAGAAGACGAUGUUAUGAUUGCUUGCUGUGUAUUUCAGAUUGCUUCUAGUGCAUUUCAAGCAGAACUGUUUGAUGAAUCUUUUCGUCUUGCGAUGCACCACUGUUUGGUACAAUAUACCUUCCCCUCGUAUUUGCGUCCGUGAAAGUGUCUGAUUUGGAUGCGAUCUCUCUGCCGUG